AUGGACUUCGAUGAUCUACCAACUUUCCACUCCGAUCGUGCUGGCAAGCGCAAUGAUCGACGCCAGUCGAAUGGGACAUUCAACAAUGGCAGCGAUAUCACACGGCAGCCACCUCUAAGCCUACGCCCGUAUCAUCACCUGACUUUCUCCAAUGGCUUCGUGUACGCUCCUGUACCGGUUGCACCUUUUACCCCAAUCUCGCAGCCGAACGUUGCAGCGUUCCUUGCGGAUGGUACUAGUAUGAGGACUGGCGGUCGUCCUGAUGGCACCGGUGAGAUUAGCGACGGUCCGACCCCUGAUGAUGUCUCCGCAUUCUGGUUCGACGCCUUUGGCGGCUUCCUUGGCUGCGACAAUGCAGGCCCCGAUGACUGCACAAUGGAAGUCACUGGACUGCACUGGGACCCCAUUGCAAACGACGAGGCUCCUGCAUUCACUCAGAAGUACUCUCUUCCACCAUGUCCAGCCUACCGCAACUGCGCCCUCACUCUGAUCACGUUUCCAAGCACUGCUCGCCGCCUCAGCGGGUUGGAGGUUCGUGCCGUCCGCAAUGGCGAGCCACGCAGGUUCUUCAUGGAUGACAUGCACAUGGCGUGGUCGAACAAGACUUGCGACGCAGGUUUGCUCCGUCAGCAGGCGCAAUAG